AGUGUGUUUGUUAUUGAAGUGUGAGAGGGGUACGGCUCUCUGCGCAUAAGUAAUCCGAUGGGUUUUUUUUUGCUUUUUCAAUUUUAGCACCCUGGGUUAAAGCAUUGAUAGAUACGAAGGGCUACGUGCGAAAUACAAGGCUUUUCCAGCAGGAGCGGGGAUGUGCUUCUUAAACGGACUCCAAAAACACCUUUUAAUGAAAAUCAUUGACUAACGGAGAGAGACGUAAGCGAGCUAACUAUAGCAUCUCUGAGAAAAGGAUGUGACCCGCUGUCCUCGCCGUAUUUUCAAGAAGAGCUAAAAAGAGAGAGAACUGCAUUCCCUUAUCCACAGGUGAAUAUAUCUCAAUUCGCUAACUGAAGAAUAGCAUUUCCUUCUUCGUAAGCAGCUUUGGUGGGAAUAAACUGUGACUUCAACAAGGUACAACGAUAUGGCUGUUUUCCUGUUUUAUUUACUCUUGCAAACGGGAUUUGUUAUUGGAUCAAAUCAUGGAUUUAUGGGGUGGGCAGCUUACCCCGGGCACUCGGCAAUUAAGGACAAGAAGCCUAUCUACAACAGUCACAUUAACAGGGAACCACAGUAUUACGCGUCUUCGACGAAACCAGCAAACGAGCGCUCCGUCGUAUUACAGAAAAUCGUAGAAGAUCUUCCAGAGGUUGUAAAGGCUUUUUUUCAUACUGGGGAUUCUUCCACGCUGAAACACGCCAACUGCUCUCGGCGAAGCGAGCUGGGCAUCCUCCGAAACGCAUCGUACCUGGCUUCUCCUUAUCCCCUCCACAGCGUGCUUGAUACUGUGAUGCACGCCACCAACUUCCUCAACAUGAUCUUGCAGGCGAACAGGUCAAGAGAGCAAAACCUGAGAGGCGACAUUGAAUGGUACCACGCGUUAGUGAGGAGCAUUUUGGAAGGCGAUCCCCAAAUCCAUCGAGCCGUGGUCACCUUCAACGUCAAGCCUCUGUCGUCCGGUCCCCAGGUCUUUCUGCAGGCGACGAGAACGGGCGGCGAGAUUGUCCUGCAGGACCUUUCGACGACGGCUCACCAUCACCUGAAAAACAAGACGGCCGAAACACAGUGGUAUAACGAGUUCAAAAACGGAAAGAAGCCCCGCUUGCUUCGACGAGUUUUGCAACAAGAAAUAAAGCCGGCAGAUUCCUUCUCGAGAAAGGGGGACACGUACGUCGUUGAUAAAACUCAAAUAAAGUGGUCAGACCCUUACUUGGAGUGUGAAAAAGGAAAUUAUAUCCCCCGCUGGCUUCUGACUUUGUCGGCUGGGUUUUACGGACUCAAGUCAAAUAUGGCUCCUGAAUUCAGGGGAGUGGUUCGUGUUGAUGUCAACCUUCAGAAUGUGGAUGUUGACCAGUGUUCCAAUGAUGGAUGGUUUGCUGGGACCCACAGAUGUAACCUGAACAUCACAGAGUGCAAACCACUAAGAGGCCAUGGAUUUGUUCUGGAUAAAUAUAAAUGCCAGUGCAAGAAAGGAUUUUAUCAUCCCAGCAGAGUGUCGGUCAAUGGCUUCAAAAGGAAGGACACAGAUAAUGAUGUUUCGUACAGAGGGGAAUUGUCUGAUGGAGCCAGUGAGUGCUUGCCUUGCAGGGAAGGAUGUUCUUACUGUAGAGAUGAUACCCCCUGCUAUAAACAGGAGGAUGGGCUGUUACGCCACGCUAUCAUCUCUUUUCAAGGAGUCUGCAUGCUGCUGGAUUUCAUCAGCAUGCUGCUGGCUUACCAUUUACGCAAAAACAAGAGUAUCAGAGCGUCUGGUUUAGUUCUCCUGGAGGCCAUCCUUUUUGGAGCUUUGCUGCUGUACUUUCCUGUUAUCAUUUUAUACUUUCAGCCGAGUGUAUUCCGCUGCAUUCUUCUACGAUGGGUUCGUCUUUUGGGUUUUGCUACAGUUUAUGGGACCAUAACUCUCAAGUUAUACAGGGUCCUGAAGGUGUUCCUGUCGCGGACGGCCCAGAGAAUCCCGUACCUGACGAGCUGGAGAGUGCUCCGGUUGCUGGGCGUCAUCCUGCUCAUCGUCUGCUGGUUCCUGGCGGCCUGGACCUCCGCCGUCUGCCAGAACCUGGACCGGGACGUCUCCCUCAUUGAUGUGGGGUACACUCCGGAUGGCCUGCAGUUCAGCAUGUGUCUGUUGGACCGCUGGGACUACAUGAUGGCGCUUGCUGAAUUGAUUUUCCUCUUGUGGGGAGUGUAUCUCUGCUAUGCUGUGCGGACUGUGCCUUCAGCAUUUCAUGAGCCACGCUAUAUGGCUGUUGCAGUCCAUAAUGAACUCAUUAUCUCUGCAAUAUUCCAUAUCAUUAGGUUCACUUUGGCUCCUAACCUUUACCCAGAGUGGAUGCUCAUGCUGUUCUUUGCGCAUGCACACUUGACAGUAACCGUGACUCUCGGCCUUCUCCUUAUUCCCAAGUUUCUUUUUGCGGGAACCAACCCAAGGGAUGACAUUGCUACAGAAGCAUAUGAAGAUGAACUUGAUUUAGGCAGGUCUGGCUCCUACUUGAAUAGCAGCAUCACAUCUGCCUGGAGUGAGCACAGCUUGGAUCCUGAUGACAUUCUGACGCCAGACGAAACGGGCCAGCUCAGUUCUAGUAAUGGCUGUGGUGUAAGGUCAUGCGACAGUCUUUGGGAAAAACGUACCAAUGAGGAACUGAAGAAACUGUACGCCCAGCUUGAGAUCUACAAGAGGAAGAAGAUGCUUGCUAAUAACCCACAUCUGCAGAAAAAACGAAGCUCUAAGAAAGGUUUGGGGCGCUCCAUUAUGAGGCGCAUCACAGAAAUUCCCGAGAGUGUGAGCAGGCAAUGCAGUAAAGAGGACAAGGACCUUGUGGAUCACACAAGCGCGAGGAACAGCAUUUGCACCUUGAGGAAAAAUCCUUUUGACCCUGGCCAUGCCAGCUCCAAACCCAAGGAGGAGUCUUUAAAACACAAAAUGUUCUCUAUUAAAAAGUCCCACAGCAGCUACGACCAUGUGAGGGAUCAAAGUGAAGAGUCUAGCAGUUCCGCCACUGAAAAGAUGGAAGUUUCCAAUACCGAAAACUCCAUUUUAGAUGCCCUGAUGAGCAAGAAGCUUGUGAAAAAGACCCCAGACAGGGCAGAAGCUGAAUCUGCGGAAUCUGUCCCUCUGGUAUGUAAGUCUGCUAGUGCGCACAACUUGACUGCUGAUAAAAAACCACUCCACCCCAGGACAUCCAUGCUACAGAAAUCCCUCAGUGUUAUUGCCAGUGCCAAGGAGAAAACCUUGGGUCUCACAGGCAAAACUCAUAGCAUUGAGUUAAGCAAUAAACAUCAAAAAAGCCAACAUAAGGGAAAAGACUGGUGCAAGACACAAUCAGGGGAGAGUGAGAAAUCUGAGUGCAUCCAGAAAAACAUGGGUAAUCAGUCUGAGGAGUACAAAAAGUCGGGCAAACCUGGAAUCAUGAAACACCAAGGGGGUGGCAGUCAGCCCUCUUUAUGCUCUGAUCCAGGAAAGAUGGGAUCAAAAGAUCAGUGUGACAUUUCUGAAAUAUGCCCUUGGGAAGUUCAAGAUGUUCCUACUACUCCAUCCGAAAAUAAAGUCCAAAAACACGUGUCCAUUGCACCUGUGGAGACCACCUCAGUUCACGGAUCAAGCACCAAAGGAAAACUGCAGCACAAGCAGAAAACUGCAGACAAUUUGCCUUCAAACAGCAGACAUUCCGAUGAGAAGAAAGUUGACAAGUCAGAAAUAUGCCCAUGGGAGGUUGAAGAGUGUCAGGAAACGACAGAGGGGACAACACAAGCAAACAUUCCGUCUCUAUCACCUCAUUUUACAAACGAGAAAUCUAAUAACAGCCAGAAGGCUGAGAUUUGUCCUUGGGAUUUUGAAGAGCUGCCAUCCCAAGGGACGAACGCACAACCUACUGAGCCACACAAGAUGAAACACGGAGGGCAGAAUAAGAGUUCAGCACCCACCGAUGUCAAAGUAAAGGGGUUGCUUUCAGACUCUUCGAAAUCCAGCUGCAAUGUACAACAACCUUUGUCCAGAGAAGUCUGCCCUUGGGACUACGAUGCUCCAGAGUCCCCACAUUCGGAAAAGGCUUCUAACGUAACUCCCCUUUCAAAAGCAAAGGAUUCCCCUUCAAAGAAGAAAGGGUUAUAUUCCAUAAAAAUGAAAGAAGUUAUAGGAUUGGAAAGAGACAAGGAAAAGACAAAAGACAAGAAUGCUGAAAAAGGUAAAUCAAAGGGCAGAGAAAAGAGCAGUUCCAACAAAGCUGCAGAGAAACCUGUUAACCGCUCAAAAAUGGCAGAGGUCUGUGCCUGGGAAGUUGAAAGCAGUCAAAGUCAAGUUGCAUCAAUUGGAGAUAAAAGGAAGGCCACAGUGAACAAACUGGGAGCAGAAAAGAGCAAGCAAGCUGAAAUUUGCCCAUGGGAUUUUGAGGGUAUGUCUGAAAGCAAGGAAGUAGACUUAAAUACCUGUGCAAAAAAACAAGAUGAAUAUUCAGAACAGGGUUCUGCUAGUAAAAACAGAAUAGCAGAAGUUUGUCCAUGGGACUUCGAUGAUCAAACUUCAGGGAAAAACGCAUGACACUUGACAUGAUUGGACAACAGAAUAUUUCUUUUGCAUUAAAAAUUUUUCACAGUAUGAACCCCUUCAACAUCAACUUGAUGCAACUGCAGGCGACUUCUAAGUACAGAAUAUGAGUCUUUCAUAUGUUGCCUUUCCCCCUGGUUUUCUUCCUUUUCCUUAGAAUAUUUAUAUUAAGCAUUCCAGAUUGCUACUGAGUAUUUGCUGUAUUCUUGAAGACACAAUAUUAUGCAACAACAUUUCCAGUCACUUUCACUGCAAUUGUGGGAAUGUUAAUUCCCCACAAAUAGUGUGUGUACACAUGGCCACUGAAGCUAUAACAUUUUAAAAUGCAUUUGAAGUUGGGACUCUGUACUGUUAUACACACAGUGUUCUUUGCAAUUAACUACAAUUAACUAUAGAGCAAAUAAUGUAAAGAAUCUCCAGAACUCCACUGUCCAUUUGAUCAAAUUUCAGGUUUUGUAUCCAACUUCUCCUUUUAGAGAUUUCCUUAAAACACAGGCACACUUGAAGAAGGACAUUAAGUGGGUACUGUACAGUACGUUUCCAGUAAUUCUGCACUGACAGCGAAUGGAUUGUAUUUGAUCUACUGACAGACAACUAAUUACAGUAAAUAUUUUGAUUGCAGGGAUCCCAAGUAUCUAAAGUACCGUAGCUAAGGGUAAGUAAGGGCAACGUGCUCUGAGUGCAGGUUAAGCUCUGUGAUCUAACCAUCAUGAGUCUGAGUUAACUGUGACACAGAUUUCCCAGGCAGAAGUGCACAGUUAUCAGGGUGAUGCUGAGCAGGGGGUUGCAUUUAGUCAGCCUGGGCUCUCAGCCUUCGAGCCUUCACAGGUGCUGGCAGGCUUGCAGUCUCAUCGGGAAGAGGUGUGCCACUUCUCCAGCUGACACCAGCACACCUCUCGAGACGUGUAAAGCUGGCAGCAUUUU